UCCAGUGACGCUGCGAAGCUCCCAAGCGCACACUCGCACGAACAAUACCGUUCGCCGCGCGGAGUGAACAAAGUCGCAUCAGCCCUGCCAAAGAUGGACGCAUACAAGAAGAUUGAAGUGGUCGGAAGAGGCGCAUUCGGGGUCGUAACGCUGUACUCCGAGAAGUCCACCGGACGGAAAGUGGUCAUCAAGCACAUCCCUGUGCAGCAGAUGUCCAGAGAAGAGAAGGAAGGAUCCCUGAAUGAGGCCAAGGUGCUGGCUAUGCUGCACCAUCCCAACAUCAUCGCAUAUUACGACAGCUUCCUCGAGGAAAAGAGCUUGGCCAUCGUCAUGGAGUAUGCCCCAGGUGGAAACUUAUACGAUUACCUGAAGCAAAGAGGCCGUGCUCUGCUUUCCGAGAGGCAAGUGCUGAGCUACUUUGCACAAGUCUUGCUUGCCCUCGAGCACGUCCACUCGAGGCAAAUCCUGCACAGAGACCUCAAGACUCAGAACCUGCUUCUCAACCAAUGUCGCAGCAUCGUCAAGGUUGGCGACUUUGGCAUCUCAAAGAUCCUGAGCAGCAAAAGCAAGGCAGAAAGUCUCGUUGGCACUCCAAAUAACCUCUCGCCAGAGAUAUGUGUAGGCAAACCGUAUAACCAGAAGAGUGACAUCUGGGCACUAGGCUGUAUCUUGUACGAACUACUGACACUGAGAAGCCCCUUCGAAGGCAACCACGUGCCGAGUCUGGUGAUCAAGAUCAUCCGCGGAUCCUACGAGCCGGUGAGCGACCACUACAGUCCUCAGGUCCGUCACUUGCUUGAGCAGAUGUUGCAAAAGGAGCCAUCGCAGCGGCCGUCCGUCAAUCAGCUCAUGGCGCAACCCAUUCUGCUGCCUGUAAUCUGCAACCUUUAUCUGACAAUUGGCUCGCUACCCUGUGUUGCCCAGAAAGACCGUUUGUCUUCUACAGUGUCCCUGGCUACUCUCGGUCAAAGGUCCCGUGCGGGCUCUGGAGAUCUGUCGACAUCGCUGCUUGCUUGGGACAGCAAGAACAUGGCCACUAUUAAGCUAGAGGUGCCAGAUGGACAUGGCUGCAUUAGUGCCGUGGCCGUUGGAUUGGACACCGUCGUGGGCGUCACAGCAUAUGGAAGUGCCAUUGUUUGGAAAGUGACAGGCCAGUCGAAAGAGAAGACUUGCGAAGCAAAGGUCGUAAAGGACUACCACACUGACCGUAUAACCCACGCUGGUUGUGGAGCUGACUUCAUCGUUUUGCUGUCAGAACGCAAGAUACUUUUAUCCUGUGGACACGGGCAGUCGGGUAGCCUUGGUCACGGUGGCCAUUUUGACAGUGCAAGGAAACCCAAGAUAGUGGAAGCUCUUCUAGGUCACGAGAUAAUGCAUGUGGCCUGUGCGGCAUCACACGUUCUUGCCAUUGAUGAAAACCACGACGUCUUCGCCUGGGGAGAUGCCAGACAUGGAAUGCUGGGGAUCACUCUUUCCACUUCAACGGAUCUUCCCGUGAAAGUGGAGCUCCCUGCUGGCGUUUGUCCGACACGGUGUUUUUGCACAACAGACAGUAGCUACCUAGUCACAGAUGCAGGCGAGCUAUGGGCCUGUGGAAGCAACAGGAAUAAGAAGCUUGGCAUUCACGAUGGCACAAAAGAUGUCGGAGAGUUCACCCGAGUUCCUCGACAACUGUUUGCGGGCCAUCAUGUGGUGCACGUGACUGGCAACGAAAACACCACUGUGAUACUAACUGAUGUUGGUAUGGUCUUCCUUCUUGGAUCGCAACAAUGCUCUGCUGCCACUAACGUCGGCGCAACUGCCAGGAUGGUUUCUCUCGGAGCACAGGCGACACACGUUGGCUGUGCCGGAGAUGUGUUUGUAGCCGUACUCAAAGGCACAAAAUUCGUGCAGUGGAAACACCUAAAGGCGGCCGACAAACCAGAAGAGUUACACCCAGCACCACAGUUACCAGAAGGCGUCAAGGUCGUUGCACUCGCCUGUUCUGCUGGUAUCAUCGCAGCAGUUGUUGCCAAGGGGCACUCGUCAAAGAAAAGUUGAACAUGUUUCAACGUGUAUAUGUUCAGACUGAUGUAAAAUAACGUAAUGUGACUUUCUAUUAGCUAUUGCCAAGAUGUCAAAGCCUCAGUUGUGUGCACUGUUGCUGUAUGUUUCCUUCGGUCAAGUGCAAUUUUGUGAUAAAAUAAACAUUCAUUUUUCACUUU